UGAAAUCUCAAGCAGCCAACACUAGCCCACUAUCUGCUCGGUUGUCUCUCACCAUCUUCCUCUAGAUCCUUAAAUUUCUUUGUCUUCAUCUCCACAAGUGCCUCAUAUUUUUUAUAACAAAGAAUCUUUGGUAAAAACAUACAGACAGAACCAGAUAGAUCUCUGAAAGCUGUCUGUUUUGACCAAGAUUUUGCUGUCUUUCAAUACCAUAUAAAGUUACCAGUUUUGUUCACAAGCAAAUACAAAUAUCAUGCAGAUUUUUCAGAGGCUCUUUAAGGCAGCUGAUGAACAAGGAGUUCAAAAUCAUACCACUCCUAAAGAUCAAGAAGAUAAACCCAAAGAAAUAGUCCCGUCAAAGAAUAAUAAGAAGAAAAGAUCAAAGAUCGACAGCUGUCGUACAACACGUCAACAACAACCCCAUUCCCAGGCCAUAACGAAGAUGAAGAAAGAAGGAUUGGAGGUGGUUAGUCAGAAAUCGGAUUCCAGCAAAGUGUCGCCACUGACUGAGGCUCAAGUUGCAGUGUCAUCGUCGAAGAAAGACCAAAAAAACAAAACCAAAGCCAUUUCUCGUAUGAAGGAGUUGUUGAGAUGGGCUGCUUCGGCCAAAUCGGAGAAAAAGUUGAGCAAAAAGGUUGAUGGUCGACGACUCAAUACCAGUGAGUCUCCGAAGAUUAGUUUUAGAUGGGAAGCGCAGAGCUGCUCCGCUGUUUCUUCUGCCAUUUCUGGGAUUUCGAUGACUUCUUCGUUAAGAAACGAUGAGGCCUGCAACUUGGUUUCGUUGAAUUCAACUGUUAUACACGGCUUGAAUCGUUGCUCUACCCGAAGAGGGAAUUGGAUAACUACAGACUCUGAAUUUGUGGUGCUGGAGUUAUGACGGGUGAUGGAAUGGAGAAGAUGAAGUUUGGUGGGUUGAAUACGUGAAAGAAAAAAUCCAUAGCCACUAUUGUAUACAUUAAUGUUAAGGAUCUGAAAUGUUCAAGUGUAACACCACAAGUUAAUGAAGAUCAACUCUACAUUAUGACCUUUAUGUCA